UUAAUGUAGUUCUUUAUACUUGAUAAUAUCCAUAUUAAUAAUAAGAAAUAAAAAAAUGUAAAUACCAAUCGAUACUAUUUUCAAAAAAAUUAUAUUUAAAAAAACUUAAUUCUACUUUGUAUCCAAAAUAAUGUUUCCAAAAGUCGAAGAAUCAGAGCUAAUAAAGAACGAGUUUAACAGAUUGAAAGGAAUUUGUUAUCUGGACCACGCGGGCACAGCAUUGUACGCUGACAGUCAAAUAAGCAACGUGAUGAAAGAUCUGAAAAUGCAUUUGUACGGAAAUCCUCAUUCGACCGGUAAUCCGUCGGCAGCUAGUGAAAAACUCAUAAAUAAUAUUCGAUUUAAGAUCCUCGAACACUUCAACACGGUACCCGGAAAAUACAGUGUGGUUUUCACGUCGGGUGCCACUGGAGCGUUAAAGACCGUAGCAGAAUGUUUUGCGUGGGACGAAGACGACGACGACGACGACCGACCAAAAGACUCAAUAGAUGCAGUUUGCCGGUCACGGGGCAGUACCUUCGCUUACACGGAAGACAAUCACACUUCAGUGUUGGGCAUGCGAGAGUUAAUGCCGAUGGCGAAUCCACUGUGUCUAACUCGAAACGAAGCUCACGAGGCUUUGGACAAGAUGCCGCCGUCUUCGUCUGACGGCAAUUACUGUGGUUCGGCGAGUUGUAGAAAUUCGUUGUUCGCCUAUCCCGCUCAAUCCAAUUUUUCCGGUACGAAAUAUCCUUUGAAAUGGAUCGAAACGUGUCGGAAUGGCGCGCUUGACCAGUACACUGGAAAUCGUGUAAAGUCCAGAUGGUACACUGUUCUGGACGCAUCCGCUUACGUGCCCACCAACCAUCUGGACUUGGGAAAAUACACACCCGACUUUGUCGCUGUAUCGUUUUACAAAAUGUUCGGCUAUCCAACUGGUCUAGGAGCGCUAUUGGUCCGCAAUAAAACAGGCGUGCCGGUACUCCGUGGGAAAAAAUAUUUUGGCGGCGGCACCGUUGAAGUGGUCCUUGCGCGUAAUCGACAUCACGUGUUUAAAAAAAAUUUCCACGAAAAGUUCGAAGACGGUACGAUUGACUUCCUGUCGGUGAUCGCGGUCGGCCACGGACUUGACACUUUGCGCGCGCUGGCCGGUCCGAUGCGGGCGGUGGCCGGCCGGACGUUCGGACUGGCCGCGUACCUGUACGGCCGGAUGUCCGGGGCGCGGCACGGAAACGGAUCGCCGGUGUUCCGGGUGUACGCGGACACGGCGUACCGUUGCGAGAGCACGCAGGGCGGCGUCGUGAACUUCAACGUGCUCAGGGCCAACGGCGAGUACGUCGGCUACAACGAGGUAAAAAACGUAGCCGACGUCUACGGUAUAGUACUCCGAGUAGGUUGUUUUUGCAACCCCGGGGCGUGUCAAUCGCAUUUGGGUCAUACAGACCAGGAGUUGAGACGAAACCAAGAGGUGAUUGGUCACGUUUGCGGCGAUCACAUCGAUCUUAUUGAAAACCGUCCCACAGGAUCAGUUCGGGUUUCGUUCGGCUACCAAUCGACCAAAUCGGACGCUGAUACACUUUACAAUACACUUGUCGAACAAUUUUGGCAGAACAAUCCGUCGAAACCCGUUGACCGACAACAGAAAACUAUCAACGAAUACAACGAAAUGGAUUUGCACGUGUCGAGGAUUUUCGUUUAUCCGAUCAAGUCUUGUGGGGCAUACGAAACGGACGAAUGGCAAUUGGAAUCAUACGGUUUUCAAUACGACCGAAACUGGGCGGUGAUCAGUAACACGGGAGUGUGCAUGACACAAAUGGAAGAGCCAAAACUCUGUCUGGUUCGACCUUAUAUGGAUUUACAAAAAGGAACCAUGACCCUCGUAUACGCCGAAAAUAAAGAUGAAGUUCCGAUGGUAGUUCCACUGGAUACGAAACUCGAUGACACCAAGAAAACGGGUAAAAUAUGUUGGGGUGGAUCGCUGGAAGGAACCGAUUGUGGCGAUGAAGUGGCCGAAUGGCUCAGUUGGAACCUCGACCGGCCCGGGUUGAGACUCAUAAGGUGCACUAGCCGCAAACCACCAGUGCAAAACAAGUAUGGAAAGUUAGACCCAAAGGUAUUGGGCGCUAACCAAUGUCAGUAUCUAUUGACCACAAAAUCAACGCUCAAAUGGUUACAGCACGAAAUGGAAAACGAUAUAACGGAAAUAGGUGAAGAUAGUUUACUAUUUCGAUUCCGAGGUAACUUAGUGAUUUCUGGCAACGAUCUACCAGCCUAUGCCGAAUUAACUUGGAACCAGUUGGACAUCGGAGUUCGAUUCGGCUUGCGAAAGGUGCAAAAUGGUGAACAUCGAUCAGGACACAUCAGAAAGCAAUUAUAAGCCACUGUCCAUAUUAGCCCAGCACAAAUGGCAAGAUAAAAGCAUUUUUGGAAUUUAUAUCAAACGAGAAGAUACGCAAAAAUGUAAAAUACGAGUUGGACAACAAUGUACAGUCAUCAAAAAAAAUAUAUGAUUUGUUUGGAAAGUACUUAUGUUAUUAAGUGUGCACGUUUAAAUGAAAUAAAAACAUAUAACACGACAA